AUGCCGGUCAUGAACAUCGGUCCCGUCCCCCAAUCGCACGAUGGGUUUUACGCAACCAAUAAUCCGUAUCAGGUGAACGGACCAAAAGGGUUUACUGAGUUCAAGCUCAUGGAAGAGAACGAGGAUCUGUUCGCGAGGCUUGAUUUCCCUGGUGUUACCAAAGAAAGUGUGAGGAUCCUUGUCGAGCCAUUGAAGAAAGCUGUCUUUGUGUUCGGAGACGCACCGAAAGAGUUCAGACACGAUUCUUCUCACCGCAAAUACGGAACAGUCACGGGACUUGUGUGCGAUUGUUGUGAGAUCAGUAACAUUCAGUGUUAUGUUGGAGAUGGUGUCGUCAGGCUCGUUCUCUCCAAGAAGAAGAUCAAUCGUCAUGUCCCUUCCUCAUGUUCUUUUGGAGGUGCCACAAUGCCUAAUGUUCCUUUCCUUGCUCACAUAAUUCAUGGGUAUAACCCAGAAGUCGCAGGUGGCCAUCCUCUUGAUCCGGCGUUUACGGGUCCGGGUCCGGUCACACUACCACACCCUUCAGUGUUGGAGGGAUCCACGAGUGCGUACGAAUCAAAGCAUCUCCCAAACGGCGGUCUCUUCCUGCGUAUUGACAUGCCCGGCGUCCCCAACGAUCGUUUCACGGUGACGGUGGAAAGUGACGGUGGCGUCAAUGUCAUAGGAAGAGCUCCUCCGGCUAUACACGACUCGAGUGGGCGUGAGUACAGAGCCAAGGUCGCUGUCGUUCCUCUAGACUAUGACAACCGCCGGAUCAAAAUUUUUUUCUGUCUUUUUGUUCUUUUUUGUGUAUGUCUGUUGUGGUGUGGAGCAGAUGGGUUUUACGCGAUUAACAACCCGUUUCUUGUAAGUGGACCAAAAGGGUUCACAGAGUUCAAGAUGCUUGAGAACGAGGACAUGUUCAUUCGGAUUGACUUUCCCGGUGUUCCACAAGAAGGCGUUAAGGUUAGGAUUGACCCGACCAAAAAAGCUGUGUCUAUCACCGCGGACGCACCGAAAGAGCACAAACAUGACUCUUCUCCUCGGAACUACGGCUCCGCUACAGGUCUGGUCUGUAAAUGUUGCGAGAUCUCGGGAAUGACCUCACACAUGUUGGAUGGUGUUCUCAGACUUCACCUCUCCAAGACCCACGCCUCAUCACAAAGCCCUUCAUGCAUCUUCUUUUUCUCACAAACUUUUGAAUUGAUUUUUUUGUCUCUAUUCGUGGUCAAAGAUCGCUGUAGCGCGGGUCCUCACAAGUUUCCUCAUGGCACGGAUCCACAUGACCCGGCGUUAACCGGUCCGCUACUGGAGCCACACCCAUGCGUGAACCUAGGCUCGGAUAUGGCUUAUGAGUGGAAGAUGCUCCCAAACGGCGGUCUAUACGUGCGUGUAGACAUGCCGGGUGUUCCCAAAGAUAGGUUCACCGUCUCCGUCGUGAAUGGGAGAGUAUCGGUGACUGGUGAUGCUCCUGGCGUUAGCCAUGACUCUGGUGGCCGGCGCUACUCCGGUGAGGUGGCUAUGCUCGAAAGUCAUGUUAGCAUUCCUGGCCGUAAGAUCAAGACCAUAGCCAAGAACGGUGUGAUUCGUUUGAUCAUCCCUCCAAUCUGA